CCAACUUCUAUGGUUUGCAGCGGCCCUCGGUAGCUCGGUGGUUUGGUCUUGUCGAGAGGAGGAGCGAGAACUUCGGACAUGGCCUUUAGCUUCGGAGCCCCGGCUCCCUCGUCUGGGAGUCCCUCGAAACGGGCCGCGGCCCCGGCUCCCGGUGGCUUUUCCUUUGGGGGUGCCUCGGCGGCUCCCAAGCCCGCCGCGGCGCCGGCCACAACGCCCGCUCCGGCCCCAGGAGGCUUUUCCUUUGGGGGUGCCUCGGCGGCUCCCAAGCCGGCGGCGGCAGCUCCGGCACCCGGUGGCUUUUCGUUCGGUGGUGCAGCGGCAACGGCUGCUCCCACGCCGGCCCCGGCAGCCUCCACAGCGCCCGCUCCGGCACCCGGUGGCUUCUCCUUUGGGGGUGCCGCGGCUCCCAAGCCGGCGGCGGCAGCGACAGCGGCAGCUCCUUCGGCCUUUUCCUUUGGCGGAGCAACCCAAGCACCGGCCGCCCCUGCUUCGAGCACCGCACUGGCAACAGCACCGGCCCCAAAGGCGGCCCUAACGGCUCCGGCAUUUGACGAAACCUUCGAAAACCUGGCCCUCUGGAGCAAGAUCCGAAAGCUCUGCACGGAGACCGCUAUUGCGCAGCAGCAGCAGCAGCAACAACAACAACAACAACAACAUCAGACGCAGAGACAGACACAGGCGGGCACCAUGUCCCUGGCGGGGCAAGACCUCGCGCACUACAUUUCCACGCAUGCUGCCACCACGCUCAAACCCAGGGUUGUCGAAUGGACGCCGCCCAACACGGCGCUUCGCCAGCAACUGGCGCAGAACCCAAGGGUGGCUCUGAGCAGCAACAACAGCAGCACAAGCAGCGAUAGCACCACGACCACAACACUCACGGCCACGACCAUGGAACAAAUYGGGAUCCUUUCCACGGAGCUGAGGAUCUCGGAGGCCGAUGCUCUGUCCCUCUACGCGGAGGUUUCGAGGGAUUCCGACGUCCUCCACGGCCUGCUGACGUCCAGGACCGCCGACGGGGGAGGUGGGUUCGUGGACCAAGCCCUGCCGGGUGCCAAGUACGACAAGGUGACGAAGCUCGCCCGGGAUUUCUACUUUUACGAGCGGCAUCUCAGACUCGAAACAAUACUCUAUCUGGUCGAGCAACGAAUGCACAACAACCCGGACGUCAUCCGGGCCACGGACAGCUUGCUCAAAGAAGGACAGCUCGUAACGAACCUCGUUUCCGUGAUCCGAGAAUACACCCAGCGCAUCGAGGCACUCCAGCAGGAGAUUCGGGCCGGUGCGGGACAAAACGGUGCUGCAACGACCGCGGGAGGAAUCCCGGCGGUUGCCGGGGGAGGUUUCCUGGGGGGAGCCCAGCAGGUGCAAGGGCAGCAACAGCAACAGCAGCAAGAGACCAACCGAUUCGCAAGAGUGCACCUGUUGUUUUGUACACUGGAACGGCAGACGGCGGCUGAAGCCCUCGUGUUUAUCGCCUACCACACGCAGCUCGAAGUCAAGGAGGUCACGGGGUUGAUCGAUCUGGUUCGUGACUUGUCGGCCAAAACACCAAAGCUGUCGCCGUUCACGGACGUCCCCUCUGCCUACGAAUCCUCGUCGCCGGGAACCAACGGAACAACGAACCCCAUCUACAAUCCGUAUGGGGGAGGUGCCCAGUGGCCACCUUCCGCGGGCAAGCCAUACUCCUGGGAUCGACAGGAAAAGAAUCCCCUCCAGUGGCAGGAAGAACUCGUCCGGAAAACGUGCGAAUCGGGACAACCAAAGCUCCUGCAGUGUUGUUCCCUGCUCCUGGUAGCUUCCAUGGCCGCGAUGGAAACGCGGCAAGAACUCUACGACCGAAACCUCCACGGCCCCAACGACUUUGGUAGGGGGAACCAGCUCUUGCAUCCGAGCCGGCCGUCCCUCGAAAACAUUAAGGAGCUCCACGACCGGCUCAAACCCGGGGCCCACGAGCAGUGGGCCCGGCCCGACGUUUGGGGGCUGCUGGCCUGUUCGUACGCCCUGCUGCUGCGCCUGACGCCCUCUGCGAUCGUGUCCCCGACCAAGGGUGGAUCCAACAGCUCGCUCUCGAAAGAGGUUCGCGAGGCGGCCGUCUACUGCCUGGAGAUCCCCGCCGAAUUCAUGGCCUUUACCUUUUGCCGGCUGACCCUGGUCCCCUCCCUCGAAAAAAUCCAGAGCGCCUCGGUGCGAACCACCUGCAGCGUCUCCGAGUUCUGCCUCUCGGUCGUCUCGGAAAUGUACGCCCUCUACCUGAGCGUUCUCACGGAGGGGACCGGAAACCUGCCGAUCUCAAGAAACCGGUGGCAGGUCCGGGAGGAAGAAACCCUCAAGCUUCAGAGGGAGCAGUACGUGGAGCUGGCCCAGCUGGACAUGUAUCUGGGGAGGACCUCCCCGCAGCGCGAAAGGAUCCCGGCUUCGGUGGAUCUGAUGAAACGCCACGAGUGCCUGGACGACCUCAUCGCCCUGGCCACGGUUCUGUGUUCCCUCGGACCAAACUAUUCCCGGAUAUUCUGGGCCAGGGACAAGGCCACCAAUGCGCUUGUUCCCAGCAGACCCCUCCAGGAGUGCCUGGUCCAGGCCUCCCAGGACGCUUCUCUCGUCCCCUACGUGCAUUCCUGGAUGGCGGCCCUGUCCAACGAUCCAGAGAGUGCAAGGGCGGUCCACGACCUCAUGUCCGGGAGCGGUUCCGGCCUCGAGGGAAUUUCUCCGGGCGUCACCAGCUGGUACGCGCUGAUUCACAGCCUGAGAUACUACGUGCAGGAGCUGAGCAACAACAACGACAACAACAUUUCCAAGCCGUCUGCGGCGAAGAAUUCCAAGAGCAACACCUCCUAUUACUACAACCUGGAGGGCAACAUCAUGCCGGACCCGUCUAGCGAUUCCCGGUCUCGCAGAGGGGGUAGAAACACGAAUUCCUCCUCGUCGUCCUCGUCCAAGAAAUCGAUGAAGCCGAAAGAACUGUCGGAGGACUCGAAACUCCAGCUGGCGUCGUACCUGGCCCUGGUCAUGAACGUUGGCCUGCACUCCUUCGAGGCACGGCACGAGAUUCUGUCGAUCAAUCUGCCCCUGGUCGAGGGAGACCCCGCCGCGGGUGGAGACGAGUGCCUGGUGGUCCUCUUCAAGCUGGCGAUCGCCCCCCUUUCUCCCCAGAUGCGCGGUGCCACGCUGAGCACCAUCGCCAGCCUCUUGCAGCCGAUCGGGGGCACAAGAGAUCCCAAGGCAAGAUCUUUUAUGGAGGAACAGGCCAACAAUGCCUGGGAAUACCUAGAAUCGUGCUCCCUUCUCCCGAUCAACCUAUUGGACCGGUAUCGCGUCGUCCCAACCCCCGGAACGGACGUCCAAGACCAAGCGGGAGUGGCCUUUCCUCCCUCCUCGAUGGCGCUGGCGAAUGCGGCGAGUCGGAUGGAAUCGACCUUUCCGAAACUCCCGAUGUACGGCCUGCUCUACGAAAUGGACCACAUCGAGUCCAAGAAGGGCUGGUAUCCGUCGACGGAGGGACUUCUCGACUUGCUGGAGUCUCUCGUCUCUUCGGUGGGCUGCCCCUCCAACCUGGGGCGGAACUGGCGCGUGCGGACCGGAUGCACUCCGUACCUGGAAUACGUCACAAACUUUGUCCUUCCAAAAGCACUGGGAGUCAAGCAGCACSCGGCGCUUCCCUUUCGCGUGCCGGGGGACCGGAGCAGGCUCGUCUCGAAGGCACUGGCGGUCGUGGAAGCCGUCCUCGUUCGGUACGAUCCCCCCCCGUCUACCGGGCCGCAAAACGGCCGAGCCGGGGAAACGCCUUCUCCACGUUCCGUGCUGGGAAUACAGGCCGUCGCCGAUCGGGUGCGCUCCACGCUUGACAAGACGGUGGACGGGAACGAAGCCGCAAAGGAUUUCGAGAGCCUGGUGGCACCUUCCACCCUCCUCGCUUCCGAUCCGAACCAUCAAGUUCCCGGUCCCGGAACGAACCAGACCUACACGGGGUCUUCGUCGUCGGUGUCCUCGGUGCCAGUGCCCAAGUCGCCCGGUUUCACGGUGCUUGUCGAGCUCCUCUCGUCUUCCUGCGGGGUCCUCUUGGAAUCCCUGGCUGUUGUGCUAACGGAAAGCGGCGGUCCGAACGGCGUUCUUUCYGUCUUUCGCGACGAGUCCGACAAAAUGGACAUGACCUACGCCCUCUACAGCUCUACACCCCCGGACCUGAACAGCGCAAAAGAAGGAGCAAAGGAAAACGGUCCGACCAAACCGCUACAGAAUUUGCUGAAGCCUUUUUCUCCGAGAUUCCAGAACGCAAACGUCGAUGACCACUGCGCCGACAAUUCGGUUUUGUGGCGGGAGACAUCGAUCACCUCGGCCCUGCACAUUCUGUGUGCUGCCGCAAUCCGGGAGGACCGGUUCGUUGAGGCCCUGAUGGCCGCGAAGGAACAGCCCCUGAAGAUGGUGCCCACCAUCGAAUUCAAGGAACUCAAACCCGGAUCGGGUAGCGCCCUUGCCAUCGAUAUGAAGGCCAGAGACGUGAAGGUUUCUCGUCUGACCGACCUCUUGUUCUCGAUCCGAAAUUCCCGGUACCUUCGCUCGACCAUCGUCGAGUACGUGGGCUAUGAUGCGGUAUCCAAGGAACAGUGCACGGAAAUAUCGGCGGCGGCCCUCUCGAUCAUCUAUCGAAUGCAGCAAACGAUGCCGCCGCGGACGACCCUGGGCACUUUAAGUGGAGACGGGGCCGGAGCCAGCGGCUUUUCCAAGGCAAUGGCCGACAGGCUUCUGAUAUCCUCGCGAAACGCGGACCGCCAGCGAGACCGAGAGGUCCUAGAACUGAUCCUCAACUGGAUCCUGUCGGAACUCCGCACCGGGGCCGUUGCCAAGUACGGGCUCGCGGAGGUCUUGCUCGGCCUCCCGAGUAAUACAACGAACGGAAACUGGAAGCCGGGAUGCGGCCGCUACUCGGGGGCCAUCGGCGAUUGUUUCGACGCCAUCCUUGACGUACUCGAGCACAACGACAUGUCCCGUGGGUUCUCGGGCAUCUCGGCAUUGUCCUUUGAAAUCUUCUUCCGGUUGCACAAUCUGAUCAAGACCAGGGACCCGCUGUCCAUAAAAGUAGCCAUAUAUACCGCCGAAAGACUUCGCGAGGUCGACUUCUGGACAGAAAAUGUAUUGAGAAUGCCCCUGGUUGAUUCGAAGGCUAUGGAUCCGGACCAGCUAGUACAAAACCUCCAUAGCAUGGGGUGGUUGCUAAAGGGGCUUUCUUGCGAAUUGCAGCUUCUUGUUGGAUUCACGGGUGACUUUGCAUCGCAAUCCGAAUUCGGACGAUAUUUCGAGCAGCAUCCCGCCCGGUGCAAUUCGCUCUUAUCCUCACUGUAUGGGUCUGACACGGGUGUGGUGCGAAACCUAGUGGAGAGCCUGCCGCUAGAACUCGUACUGAUGGAUCCCAAUCUGGCCCACCCGGCGCAAGAAAUUCUGAGAGCCGCGGUUUGCAAUUUGCCCGGAGCAGGUGAUAUCGUCCAGGGCUAUCAAAUCCUGGAUAGCAAUAUAGUGGCAUCCAAAAUGAAGGGAGCAUCGCAGGCGAUGGAUAGCGAGGCCGCCACGAAAUGGAUAGAGGAAUACAACUUUAUCGCAAACCGGAACUGCGCUGUUUCUCACGUAACAAACGCCAUUAGCGUUUUGGUCGAUGCAUCGCUGUACUGCGCAGAGGCCAUGUCUCAAUACCACACGUCGCUCUUGGAAUCCUCGGAUUUCAGUGAUUCGUGGUUGCGUUCGAACGGGCCCCGAGACUUGUUGGUGAAUUUUCUGCUGCGCCUCGACGAAAUUUCUGARUCGAGUGAUCAUCAGGGAAUGGAUUGCUUUCUGAUUCCUGUGGCUACAAGAAAUCUAAGCAACGUCGUUUUGACUCUCUCGGAGUUCRUUACAUCACCUCAAAACGGAGACCCUGUCGGUUGCGAUCUUCUUCAACUGGCCGCUCUAGUCGCACGCAUUAUUCCGGCUUCUUCAAUCGGCAAUGACACGGCAGAAGAAGCUGCCUUUCGCUACGAAAGGACGGCAGCACUGGGCAGUGCACUGGCACUUUUGCUGCGUUCGUCGGCAUCGCUCGAGCCCGGGUUUGCCGCGCAGUACAGGGACGAUUUCAUUGGGGCCGCUCACGGGCUUUCUAGAAUCUCCGGGUUCAAAGUCGAUUCCAGCAAAGACGACUCGCACGGAAUAGUAUCUGUGCUGGCCCGGGGCUGUUUGGCAUCGAUAGUUCUUGCCCUGAGCCCGAUCGAAAACGAAUCGAUCGUUGGAAUGUCUUGCGUUUGUUCUUGUAUUCCGCAGCUAUUCCUGGAACGUUCGAUCUCGCUUGUUGCUGAUUUGGACGAAGACAUUUGCAACUUCCUUCAAGCUAUAGCAUUGCAAGCGACUGGAGCCAAGCUUCUAAUCGACACAGGUAUAGACAGAGCACUUAUGUGUGCCGCAAGACAAUACGCGGAACAGGAAAAUAGUGUGAUUCGGGAUCUCGAGAAAACCUCUUCUGGUUUCUCCAAAGCCACAAUCCGUAYUCCGGGGUUUCUUCUGGGUCAUCUGAAGCUGAUUUGUGCCCUCCUAGCUACAUCAGACCUUUCGGAAGAUUUAGCAAUGAAUUUCGCUACAAAUUGCAUUCAAAUUAUUAGCGCUUACGAAUCGACCAUUCAAAGAUUGUGCUACAAUUUCCCUGUCCAGGCAGACUUCUUGCGUUGGUUUUUGAAAGCCUUGGUAUCGGCGUCUUCCCUCGUCAAACCCUUGAAGAARAAAAAUCAUCUCGAAAAGUUGGGCCUCGACGUGAAGGAAACCAUUACUGCUGCCCAAUUCCUUGGUAUCGGAAUGCUGUUGGAGCACCUCUCGGAAAAUCCUCUACCAAACAAUAUGUUUCCCGAUCAUUUGCCGAGGGAGCUAAGGAAUCGACAGGAAUCGGUUGGUUCUAGAAUAGUCAGUGUCGAAAAAGAUAAUUCGGCUACUUGGUGGGAUGUGCUUAAAACGAUUUUGGUCAAUAGGGUUGGCGACGACAAGAUUUCCUAUAAAUUUCUGGCACCAAUGGGCAAUCAAGUCAUGAUGUCAAUGCAAUCUGAAAAUUGGAGCGAAGACACAUUUGAGUACAGUAUUGUUGCGGCAGACACUUUAUCUUUGGGUUUACAGCUAUUACGGCGCACGGAAAGAUCUGAUCUUCUCAACGGUUCAUCGCUUGCCCGGGGUCUAUUUCGCUGUGUUAUCGCCGCUAAGACUGUUGGUGACCGACUUGAGUAUGUUCGCUUGAAAUCGACCCAUAGCGUACACUCCAUGGAUACCGACGACAACUCCGGGAACAUCGAACUUGAAUUGGAAUACUUGACUCUACUUACAUCAUCACUGGAGCAGUGUGUCGAACAACUUCUCAUGCUGUGUCUUCAAGUCUGUGAUUCCAAAGAGAAUGGAAGCGUUCUAAAACAGAUCCUUGUAGCUAUCGAAUCUUCAGGAAUCGAUAAAACGACAUUUUGCGUUCUUUCAGAGGAGAGGUCAUCGUUUAUGACUAUUGUGUGCGAUGAAAUCAAACAAAGUUGUGCCAGGGAGUCUGACUCUGGAAUUUUUAUCAAACGCUAAAUGACGUUACAUUCGUAAAAGAAAUAAUUAGUAGGAUUGCGC